AUGAAGGCACUGUCCAUUCCUCUGCUGCUGGUCAUGUUUUCGGCCAGUCUUCGUGCAGGAUUUUGUGAUACAGAUCCUCAAGAUGUGGCUGCGCUUCAGUCUCUAAUGAGAGGGUGGCAAAACUUCCCAUCAAGUUGGAAAGCAUCAAAUGAUCCCUGUGGUGCACAAUGGGAUGGGAUUACGUGCAAUAAUGGGCGAGUCACAUCAAUGAGGCUAUCAAGCAUCAACCUUCAAGGCACAUUAAGCAACAGUAUAGGCCAGCUCAGUGAGCUUGUUUACCUGGACCUCUCCUCCAACAGUGGUCUUAGUGGUCCACUGCCCACUUCGAUUGGCAACCUCAAGCAGCUUACGACACUAAUCUUGGUUGGCUGCAGCUUCACAGGAGGCAUUCCCCAAGAAUUAGGAAACUUGGUGCAGCUCUCAUUCCUGGCCCUGAAUUCAAACAACUUUACAGGCAGAAUUCCUGCUUCAAUUGGCCUACUCACCAACCUCUUCUGGCUAGAUUUGGCAGAAAAUCAGCUUUCUGGUCCCAUUCCAAUUUCAUCAACCACUUCUCCAGGACUUGACCUACUUACGCACACCAAACAUUUCCAUUUCAAUAAAAACCAAUUAACUGGUACUCUCAACGGCCUCUUCAGCCCUAGCAUGGAACUCGAACACAUAUUAUUUGACAACAAUCAAUUGUUUGGUUCUAUUCCUGCUGAACUUGGUAGCAUCACCAGCCUCCAGAUUCUCCGAUUAGAUAAGAACAGAUUCACAGGAGCAGUUCCGACCAACAUCAGCAACCUUGUCAACCUAAAUGGACUGAAUUUUGCAGACAACCAGCUGCGUGGAGCAAUUCCAGAUCUCAGUACCCUGACAAAACUUAGUGCCAUUAUACUAAGCAAUAAUGACUUCAACGGGACACUUGGCAUGACUGGUAACAUCAGCCAACAACUGCAGAGAGUCAAUCUCCAAAACAAUCGUAUAGUUGCAGCCAAUAUAACACAAAGCUACAACAGAACACUAGUACUUGUGGGGAAUCCUGUGUGCUUGGAUGCCGAAUUCUCCGGUAGCCACUUUUGCAGCAUUCAGCAAGAUAGCAUAAUACCAUAUGUCACUAGUGUAACCAAAUGCGGCUCAACUUCAUGUUCCAGUGAUCAAAGCCUAGACCCUGCGAAUUGUGGCUGUGCCUACCCCUACAUGGGUGCGAUUCUCUUCAGGUCACCGUUGUUUGCAGACUUGACAAACAAUGAGCACUUUCAGCAACUGGAGACUAGCCUCUGGACAGAGCUGGGACUGCGCCCUGGUUCAGUUUUCCUUUCUGAUGUCCUAUUCACUAGUGAUGAUUACCUCCAAGUUAAAGUGAGAAUGUUUCCAUCGACCGGAACAUCCUUCAACCUAUCAGAAGUAACAAGGAUAGGCUUUGAUCUUAGCAAUCAAACUUACAAGCCACCACAAGGUUUUGGACCUUAUUACUUCGUCGCAGAUCCAUAUGUCCACUUUGCAGCAGCUGACAGUGGAAAAUCACAAAUAAGUACAGGCGCUGUUGCUGGAAUUGCAGUAGCAUGUGGUCUUGUUCUGACUGCCCUAACUUCUUGGGCAAUAUUUUCUUUAUUACAAAAGAGAAGGACAAAGGAAUUAUCAGGACGAACAAAUCCUUUCGCUUCAUGGGGAAUUGCUCAAAAAGACAGCGGAGGUGCUCCACAGCUGAAAGGAGCAAGGUUUUUUUCUUUUGAUGAACUAAAGACUUGCACCAACAAUUUUGAAGAAAAUAAUGAAAUCGGAUCAGGAGGUUAUGGAAAGGUUUACAAGGGAAUACUAGCAGAUGGAACAGGUGUGGCAAUAAAACGAGCAGAGUAUGGAUCAAAGCAAGGUUCGUUUGAGUUCAAAAAUGAGAUAGAGCUGCUAUCCAGAGUCCAUCACAAGAACCUGGUAAGUCUGAUAGGAUUUUGCUAUGAACAAGGGGAGCAGAUGCUGGUAUAUGAAUAUGUUUCUAAUGGGACAUUAAGACAGAACUUACAAGCAAGAGGAAUUUACCUGGAUUGGAAGAAAAGGCUCAGGAUUGCUCUAGGAUCAGCCAGAGGACUAGCAUAUCUUCAUGAGCUUGCCAAUCCACCUAUUAUCCACAGAGAUGUCAAGUCCACAAAUAUCCUUUUGGAUGACAACUUUAAAGCAAAGGUUGCUGAUUUUGGUCUGUCAAAGCUAGUCUCAGACACUGAGAAGGGCCACGUUUCCACCCAAGUCAAAGGAACACUGGGCUAUUUGGACCCAGAGUACUACAUGACACAGCAGCUCUCGGAGAAGAGCGACGUGUACAGCUUUGGCGUUGUCAUGCUAGAGAUACUGAGUGGCAGGCUGCCCAUAUCAAAGGGCAGGUACAUUGUCCGAGAAUUCAGGAUGGCCAUGGACCCCAACGACCAAGACUACUAUGGCCUGCAAGGCAUUGUGGACCCAGCCAUCCAUGACGCCGCACAUACUACGGGGUUCAGGAGGUUCGUGCAGCUGGCAAUGGAGUGUGUGGACGAGUCGGCCUCGAGGCGGCCCACCAUGAACUCAGUUGUGAAGGAGAUCGAGGCGAUGCUGCACGGCGAGGGGCUGAGCUCGGGCAGCUCAUCCGCCGUGGAGUUUGAGCGCGCGGGGACUGCCUCGGACUCGCACCUGUACAGCGGACCGGUAGUCACGGCCCGCUCCAACAGCAGCGGCAGCAUAGCUGGAGAACCACCCCACCCUGAGCUUAAACAUAGCGAACCGUAG